AUGAUGCCGUUUGCAAUUAGACACCCAGUUACGGCGAUGGAGAACGAUACAGAAGCGGAACGGAGAAGAAGGCGAUCGUCCAGCGUCAAACAGGCACUAAGCUCAUUUUUCACUGGUGAGCGCGGCUCAGAGGAGGCCGCGGAAAUGGACCGAUCUGGGCCUCAGGGGCGGAGGGCGAGCACGCCAGGUCUGGAGGGGACUACUCGCAGGGUGGCGAGACGGUUUAGCAGCCCGGCUCGUGCGGAUUCUCGUCCAGAACAUAGAGCACAGUACACGUUGGGAGAUGAAGGUCUAAGAUGGUCGAUGGAACACGGCGUCGAAGAUAUGUAUGAUGAGGGUACUCUAUUUGGUAUCGAUGAUGUUGGGCCAGGCAGCUGUGCAGAGGCCGCAGGCUGCGGCGGGCUGGACUCCCGAGAGUUUCUCACAGAGUAUCUGGCGGAGCGGGGGUUUGUUCAGCAGCGCACGCUUCUGUCGAAGGGCGACGUUGCGGUAUAUGCGCUGACUUCAGGAGAGAUUGUGUUUCUACCGACGGCGUCUUCUCUGGAGGAGGGGUACCUCAGGAACAUACGCCAGUCCCUCGAAAACGGCGAUGCUUUCAGCGACGACUAUGGCGACAGCCAUACAGUGUACGACGACCCGGAGGCCGCUAUUCCUGACUCAUACAGUGCGACUAGUUUGGAUUCGGACGUCAGUGAGAGUGCGAUGCCUGUGACUCAACUGACGACAGAGUUGCUGGACGAUGCGACCACCUUGUUCAACCUGGCGGUUGUGGUAUCUAUAGCGAAGCCCGUGGAGAUGUCGGAGAUCAAGGCGCGGCUUUUCUCGCGCGUGCGUGUCCACUGGCACAAUGGGCUCCCUCCAGGACGCAGGAAGUUCGAGGAGUACUACACUAUUGGCGAUUUGAAAUGGACGCUAACUGCUGAGAACUACAACCUUUAUGUGCCACUCCAUGUUUCCACAGAAGACCAGAUUAUUGAGCGCUCCACGGGGGUUGUUCACAGAAAAUUAUUUAGGAACGUUUACGAAAGAGAUGAUAGCUCAGACAGAGUGAACUCUACCCUUGCAAGCUUCAUGACCAACUUAUCUGAACAAAACUACACGUUCAAGCCGGGUGAUUAUGUUUUCAUACUACCUGUCCAAUUUAUUCGACAAGUUCCGGAGACGAUAUAUGUGCCGUCUGCCCGUUUGAACUACGACUUCUGCUGUGGUAUGCGAGUCAACAAACUCACCGUUCCGGAUAACGAAACCAUUGACCAGUAUCCGGCCGAGACGACCGGCCCCUCGAAAUGCCAGAAAGAAAUCGAUACCCCUCAUAAGCUUGCGGACCGCCUCAUCAAGAAGGUCAAGGCCCGCUUAACUUCAUCAUCUCAAGCCUCCUCGGGCAAGGAUGGCGUUGCUGAUACCAUAGCCUGCGGCUCUAUGCCUGUCACAGUUGUGAGGACCCCUCCACUGCGGUCAAUAUCCAUUGCAGACAAACCUAUUUAUAUUAACAGAGUAUGGACCAAUGCUCUAUCUUACGAGAUUUCCUUGCUACAAAAAUAUGUCCCGCUGGAUAGCGAAAUCCCUCUCAAGAUCAAACUGGUUCCGCUAAUGAAGCAUGUGUCUGUCAAACGGAUUCGAAUAAACAUCUCAGAGAAGAUCACCCUUGUGUCCAAGGACCUGAAGUACGAGUUCGACCAGAUGGACGUCAUCCUGCAAGACCCGUAUAACCCGCUAUUUCCGGAGCUCCAGUUCCUCAAGAAGCCGGCCCGUUCCCUGCCACUGUUGGAGGUGCGGACAAAAGACAAGGGCAUCAAGGCGCUCAGGGAGGAGGUCAUCGAGAACUCGACCGGCGACAACUUGCUCUGCUACAGCGAUGCCGCGCUCAACAGCGACAAGGGCGUCGAGAUGGUCGACUCCCUGACCCUCGAGACGACUCUGAAGUUCCCGAAGUUCACUGUGCCCCGCAAAAACGGGACCAUGCCGCCAUACGGGAUCGAAGAGCUCGUGCCCUCCCCGGAUAGCCCGCACACACACCGUCCGCCGCCCAGCCACGGCGUGCUGGGUCUCUUCGGCAGGCGCUCGAGCGGCAGCCACCCGCGGACCGCGGAGGGCCCGAGCCCCAGCACGACUGCCAGCAGCGCGACCGCGCACUCGGGGUCCACGUUCCGCACCGGCUCGCGCGUGCCCAUCGAGCACUCGACCUUCCUCAACGUGCCCAAGCGCGGCCUGUACGCGGACAGCACGCAUUUCAAGCACAUCGUGGUCAAGCACAAGCUGGAGGUCAUGCUGCGCGUCAGCAAGCGCGACUCCGACGCCGACGGCGCCAAGCUCCGCCACUACGAGGUGCUCAUCGACACGCCCAUCGUGCUGCUCUCCGAGUACUGCAGCCGCCAGAACGUCGACCUGCCGACCUACAACAUGGUCACCGGCGACAGCCGCUUCCGCUCGCCGCUGCCCACGUUCGAGGAGGCCGUGUCCGAGACGCUCUCCGCGCCCGACUCGCCCAUCACCUCGCCGCUCGCGUCGCCCGACAUCCUCGCCUCCUACGACCCUGACGAAUUCUCCAUCCAGCAGCUCUCGCUCUCCCGCACCACCACCCACACGCAGGCCGACCCGCUGCUGCCCGCAGACUUCUCGCCGCUGCGCCGCUACAGCAACAUCGACGAGAUGAUGCGCUCCAGCUCCAGCAACACCGCCUCCGCAGACUCCCGCUGCCCCGCCUACUCCGCAGACCCCCCGACUUACGAAGACACGUAA